CUUCCAUUCAAACCUCAAACAAGAGUCGCGACUGCAGAGGUUUCGCCAUAUGUCUCUCCCCUGGUAGCAAAUCCCAUCUUCUAUCUUUUCUUCACUCGCAGGCGAGUUCGGAAUGACGUUCCACUCUGCUCCGCAACCCACCGGACAGUCUCAAUAAACAAACAUCACUUUUCAUUCCUUCCUUUUUUUUUCCCUUUUUUUAUUAUUUUCUUCCCUUCCUCGCGCGUACUCUUCAGGUUUCCCAUGCCCAACAAUUCCUAGACCAUGGAACCGUUGACCCUUCAGUUACGGCAGGAUGACGAAAAGACAAUUGAAUGCUGGGACGACGAUAGUGAUCUACAAUGCCAUGAAGAUAUACAAUUCCGUGCUGCGUCUAGCGCUACAUCCGUGACGAGUUGUUCGAUUCGCCGAUCGGGACAUCGGGAUUCAAUUUCAUCUCGUCGCUCUGCUAGAUCCGAUCUUGAAUCCAACACCGGCGGCGAUGAGGACUGGCAAGUACAAUUACUCGAAAACGAUGAUUAUGCGACCGACGAUGCUAUCGCGUCUGCUCAAAGCGCCGGGAUCCCAUUGCCUGCGAAUGUGCCCAAGUCGGCCCUGACAGGGGGCACAAUCAAGCGCCUGGGACGAAAGAAGCCAAGAAAGAACUUCGCAGAUGAUUGGUCUGAAGACGUCGAGUUCCCAGGCCCGGAAUGUACAUUGAAAUUGAAAGAUCCCAAAGAACGAAAUUUCCCUGAAAUUCUUCGGCAAAUCAAUUCUACCUCAACGAGUCCUGUGAAGCGUUCGACUCCGUUCUCAUGGGAUAAUGAUACAUCAGACCGCCUGCAUUCUGCGUUGGCGGGGUUGGCUCGGGAUGAUGACGAUGUUGCUGAUCUUCAGAAUGUGCCUACUAUCAAACUCCCAAAACCCCGGACACGUCAACAAGCAACGCCCGUCAAUAACGAUACCUACGAAGCUGAAAACGAAGUGGAAAGUCUUGAUAAUGAUUUCGAGCUGCCCCCCGAAGAUCUUCCACUUAGGCGAAGGGUCAACGCAAACAGUUCAAGUCAAUUCCCAGAAGACCUCGAUCUAGACUGGUUUGAAGGGAGUAUCGGUGUUCGACUCGGUGGUACGGCGCGGGAUCGGCGAUCCAACCCUAGCUCAUCAGUGUCGAUUGCUAGCCCGAGUUUGUCGAGUUGCUUGACCGGCGAGAGUGAAGAUGAUAAUCUUGAUGGGCUCGUUAUCCCUGACCAACCUCUGGACCUACAGACAUCCCUAAGGAAGCUACAGGAUCCACCUACAACUGCCCAGCCACAUUCAGGAUGCAUCCAGGAUGGACAGGAAUCGGCGGAGGUGGACGAUUUCUUCUCCGGUAUCGAAAUCGAAGGCGGCGAUAUUUUCACAGCAAACGUGUCGCUCAACCCAAAUGUAAAAUGCAAGGCGGAAUGCCCGGAAAACCCGACACGUCGUUCGGCGACUACGAUUCGGUUCACGAAUACACCCGCAUCUCCCAAGACUCGGAUCCCCCGUCUCUCAGGUCAUGAUCGCCCCCACUCAACUUUUCUUGAAACCGUGUCGGAAAGUGGAGCACCCCUUUCCAAUUUCUGGCGUUCACAAAAAUCUCGGUUCGGUGGCCAUUCAUCGCACUCUUCUCUGUCCAGUUUGCCUGCGCCUAGUUCAAUGUCGACAUCUCCGACUCCCCAGCCCGCUGGUCGACGGCUGGUUGGGACGCGUGUCUCGAAGGAUUCCUUGUUGGCUGCGCAUGCUCCUGCCGGAAAGCAAUCACUGCAAUCCUUGAAGGCAAAGCGAUCCAUGCCGGCCAUGCGCGGCAUGUAUCAGAAUGCUAUGGUAUCCCAAGCGCCAUUCAUCCCGGCAGGUGCUUCAGAAAACCAAUCGCAUCACGUCACCGUCAAAAGCUACCGUCAUGCACGUAGCCCGAGUGAUGUACUUUAUUCACGGGGGUCUGUAUCGCGACUUGCACGGCUGAAUCACACUGGUGCUGUUGGCAACAACGGUUCUAGCGAUGCUGACUCAGAAACAAAUGCUGCUAAACGUACCGUCACUAAGCCAGUUCGUCGGCGGAACUUUGGCAACGGAACGGAACUGGAGUUGUUUGAUGAUUUGCCCACGUCUUCCUCGACCGAAAGCAAAUUUGUCAAGCAUGCCAGCGGGCGUGGCGCCCCAAGGUUCCUCCGAAGCAGGUUGAGUCAGAGUCAAAAUAUGGUACCUCAGGGGGAGACACCACAAUCAUCUGCACUCGUUACUUCACUGAAGACCCCUGGCUCCACACCGCAUUUCGCACGGGAUACGAAUGCCUCCAGGAAUGCAAGAGAACAACGCAUUGCCUCCGUGAAUAUGAAGGAUCGAGAAGCCAACUCAUUCCCGUCACUAGGUGCGAAUCGGAAGGCUCAAAGCACGUCGCGUGUCUCUUCCAAUAGCUCAGCGGCAUUAAGAAACAAGAAGAGAAGAUCUGUGGUGCCUGGAAAUAAGCCCCAUUUAAUUAAACCGAUGGGCGUGGGCGUUCAGGGGGCUAAAU